AUGGAAACAGACGAGGACACUGUUAUGGGGGACCCCCAGAAGCGCCCUUCUCUUCCUUCCCACCCUUCUCUUAACCAUCUUCCCCCCCCUACCCAUCUCUCUUCCAGUGCAGAUCCUGCUUUGGCACCAUCUGCCCUUUCACAGAAUUUACCUGCAUCUCCCUCCCCUGGUUCCGAGACACCACAGACCUCAGACUCGAUUGGCCCAGACGGAAUGCCUCGACGCCGUCGCCGAGGUAGCAGCCGGGGCAAUGUGGCUGCCCGGGCCUAUGGUCCUGCUGAAAGCCUGCCUGUCAGGCGGGAUAGUCUUUUGGAGCCAAAUUCAGACUGGUCUGACGAUGAGAAAGUGAAGGCCAAAGCCGGCCUUCCGGUUGGCUCACUUCCCACGGGCUACUGCUAUGAUCCGCGGAUGCGGUAUCAUUGUGAGGUCCGCCCCACCGCAGAUGUACACCCUGAGGAUCCCAGACGCAUCUACUACAUCUUCAAAGAAUUCUGUCUCGCUGGCCUUGUGAAUCACCCCGAGGCUACUCAUCCGUUGGCUCCCCAGACAAUGGUGCGGAUCCACGCCCGUGAUGCCACCGAGGAAGAGAUUGUUCUUGUCCACACCGAAGCUCAUUAUGCAUUUGUCCAGAGCACCAAAGAUAUGAGUGAUGGCCAGCUGGUGGAUUUGGAGCACAACCGUGAUUCUAUCUACUUCAACAAACUUACAUUUGCGUCUUCCCUCUUGUCUGCUGGAGGCGCCAUCGAGACUUGCAAAGCCGUCGCCCAGCGCAAGGUGAAGAAUGCAAUUGCUGUUGUUCGCCCUCCUGGUCAUCAUGCCGAGUACAACAAGACCAUGGGAUUCUGCCUGUUUAACAAUGUGUCAGUUGCCGCACGGGUUUGCCAGAAGGAGCCGAACUGCCGCAAGAUUAUGAUUCUGGACUGGGACGUUCAUCAUGGCAACGGCAUCCAGAAGGCGUUUUACAAUGACCCCAACGUCCUCUACAUUUCCAUUCAUGUUCACCAAAACGGCAAGUUUUAUCCCGGAGGCGACGAAGGAGAUUGGGACCACUGUGGUGAGGGCCCUGGACUCGGAAAGAACAUCAACAUCCCUUGGCCUGAUCAAGGCAUGGGCGAUGGAGACUAUAUGUUCGCUUUCCAGCAAGUUGUGAUGCCCAUUGCUCAGGAAUUCGACCCUGAUAUGGUGAUUGUUGCGGCUGGAUUUGACGCCGCUGCCGGGGAUGUACUAGGCGGCUGCUUCGUCUCCCCUCCAUGCUAUGCUCAAAUGACCCACAUGCUCAUGACUCUGGCCAACGGCAAAGUUGCAAUCUGCUUGGAGGGAGGCUACAAUUUCCGAUCGAUUUCCAAGUCGGCUUUGGCAGUGGCCAAGACUCUGAUGGGAGAACCGCCCGAACGUUUGCUGGUUACCUCCGCCACUGAGCAUGCCAUUGGAACUGUCCGCCAGGUGGCGGCAAUCCAAUCCCAGUACUGGCGUUGCAUGUUCCCCAAGGCACCCGCGCAUUCCGUUUGGGCCGACCGACUUCAUGAUAUCCUUCGCACAUACCAGAGCAAGCAACUCUAUGACAAACACAAACUCACCCCGCUGUACAUCUACCGCACGGGUAUUUCCAAGUCGUUUGAGAACCAGGUUCUGGCAAGCCCCAAUUAUUACCAGAAAGUGCCGUUGGUUGUUAUCUUCCAUGACCCUCCCGAGAUCAUGUCCCAGCCUCAUCCAGUGACCAACCGGCUGGAAGCUCAUAACACCUGGAUGGCCGAUGUGCAGCGAGAGUACAUCGCAUGGAUUGUGAGCAAAGGCUACGGCGUAAUCGACGUGAACAUUCCCAAGCACGUUACCAAGGAGCCGGCUUCCGGGAAAUAUGAAAAAGAAGAUGAGGAUCGUCCCUCUGCCACCGAAGAGCUGGCAAGCUAUCUGUGGGACAACUACAUUGAACCCAACGACACCGGCCCUGUCUUCUUCGUGGGCAUCGGCAACGCCUUUUUCGGAGUGGCCAAUCUUUUGAUGAACAGAGAGGGACUGUACAAGCACAUCAACGGGGUCAUCUCCUUUGUGGCAGAGACUCCAGUCCGCGCGAUCGCGUCGCACACUCAGACCUGGUUGUCGAAAUGGUACCGCGAAAAUUCCCUGGUUUUCGUAUCGAGCACCCACGGCCUGUGGGUGAACACGGAACGAAAGCAGCACCUUCGGCGCUAUGGCGGGCUGGUGAAGUCGCCCAGCUCCGGAUUGAGUGAGAUGAUGGCGCAGCACAAGGAUCGUGUCUUUGACUGGCUUGCCGAGCGUGCCGAUGCUGAGCCCGAGGAAGAAGAAGAAGAAGAAGACGCCGACAAGGAUACUGCGAUGAAGGACUAA